ACAACAACUCGACUGAGUGAGGAGGACUGGGUGGGCACCUCUGUGUGUUCAUAUUCAUGCUGGAUUAUGGUCAUUGCCUGCAAAGAAAGGAGCUGAAGACACACAAUGUCCCUAAGCGUGGAUACCACAGUCACCACCAGCAUGCUCCCGCUCCCUUCCCACUUUGCCCACGCAGAGCAGUCCUUCUCCUUGAAAAAGCGUCGACACCCUUUUUCCUCCUCGUCCACGUCCAACUCCUCCGUCUCAUCCCCCGAUUACCUGUCCCACUCUCUGCCACCGCUGGCACCGUACAAGGAGUCUUUCUCUGUGAGCCGCAUCUUCUUCCUCCAGAAAACGGCCCCCUGGACACCCCUGUCUCGUUCUCUCAGCCAGUCGCCCCCUCUGGAAUCUGUGUACGACCCCAAAAAGCAAAGGCCCUAUUUUAACCAGUGCUUCACUACGCUGGGCCUGCUGGGAAGGGGUUCUUUUGGAGAAGUCUACAAGGUUCAAAGCAACAAGGAUGGUCGCCUGUAUGCUGUCAAACGCUCGCUCCAUCGCUACAGGGGCAACAGUGACAGGAACCGCAAGGUCAGGGAGGCUAAGAACCACGAGCGAGUCUGCCCACAUCCUCACAUCCUCAACUUGGUCGCGGCCUGGGAAGAGUGCGGUCGGCUGUACAUCCAGACGGAACUGUGUCACACCAGUUUGCUGCUCCAUGCAGAAAGUCAGUCUCCUGGCAACGACGAGCGUGCAGCAUGGUCGUACUUGUGCGACCUUCUCUCGGCGCUGGACCACCUGCACUCUCGCAGUUUCGUCCAUCUGGACCUGAAGCCCGCCAACGUGCUGGUGACGGACUCCGGGCGACUCAAACUGGGCGACUUUGGGCUUCUGCUAGAGCUCAAAGAGAGCAGCUCAGAGAAAGUGAGAGAAGAUGACCCCGGAGGAGAUCCCAGGUACAUGGCUCCUGAGCUCCUCCGGGGGGAGUAUGGCCCUGCUGCAGAUGUUUACAGUUUGGGUGUUUCCAUUCUGGAGCUUGCGUGCAAUAUAGAGGUCCCCAAUGGUGGAGAGGGCUGGCAGCAACUCAGACAAGGGCGCCUCCCUGAGGUCGCGAGUGAGCUUUCAACAGACCUUCAGAAAGUUCUGCAGAUGAUGCUGACUCCAGAACCUUCUGACAGGCCGACAGUACCCGAGCUUCUUGCUUUGCCCUCAGUGAGGAAACGCAUGUGGAAGAGACGCGCUUACCUUUUCUUUGCAGAAACCAUGCUGACUUUGACCUUCUUCUGCCAGAUGGUGAUAGGCUUUGGCCGUCGACUUUUCUCUUCUCUUUACCUGCCGAUCUUCCGCCGUUACAGCAAGCCGGCCCCCUGCACUCCUCCCAAAGAGAGCUGGGACAAGGAGGUGACGCUGACCCUCAGCGCCUUGCGCGCUGACAGCUCAGAGGACGACGGGGUGUUCGCGAUGGACCCCGUAGGACCGGAGGAUUCCCCAAAACCCUCAGAGAAGAUGAAAUCUCCACUGGAUUUGAAAACUACGUCCACCCCUCUCCCACGUUCCCCGGCACACGUAGACCGGAGUCCUCACUCUGUUCAAUUUGACUGGUCCCCGUGUAACGGAGCCCGGGGACCCUCCAGCAGCCCCGCCAGUGACUGCUACACAUCAGACACACACACACCCUGUCACACGGACUCACUGGACUCCAGGCAGGGCAAACGGUCUUCACAGCGGCGCUAUCGUAACCGGAGCCGCUCAGAUGACGUGUUCGGGCCAAAAAACCUGCUGUGUCUGUUUGAGGAAAGCGCCGCGGAGGGGCAGCCGUGACUUGGAGACCGGCAGUAUUUGUGGACUGCACUGGACCUAAUGAUGACAUAUAACAAGUUCACUUCUUGCAUGAAUGCACUAUUUCUGCCAUUUCCUUCCUUAACAUGUUUUCGUCAAACACAUUUAAGGAAAAGGGAUCACACUUAAAAGCAUGGUUCGUGUUCCUACGAGUGCAAUUAAUUGUAGAGUAUUGUUGAGUAGAGAUUUUUUUUUGCUUAAUGUGUGUUACUUGAAUUAUAUUUCGUCCCCAAAAGAUUAUAAACUGUUGAUAUUGUUGAAUGUCAAUUUGCUAGAUGGCUUGUGAUUAUUGAGGAAUUUCCAUCAGUAUUACAGGUAUGAUAUACAUUUUGUCAGCGCUAUGAAAAAGACCAGAAAGAAAGAAUUAAAUGUUUUCCAUGUUUUACUUUUUAGGCUUUACCAGUAGGUUGAUAGCAAAGGGCCAACCUACCAAAACACUUGCUUCUUGUUUUUAUGUAGGCCUGUCUACUUUACUCAACCAAUGUAAACGAAACCGAUGUCUUCGCGUUUUUCAAUCCCUACAAAUUAAUAAUUACCAAAGAGCGCUACUCUUUGCUGAACAAGACUUGCAGCAAAUGAAUAUCAACGGCAACUUCAUUCAUUCAUAAAGAAAAAAAGCCUUGGUCAAUUUUUGGUUUUUUAACAAUUUUUUUCACAUUUUCGCACUUCUAACCAACUGUGACUUGCUUGAAGUUGCAAACUGUAAAGAGCCGUCAAGACGACCACACACUUCAUCCUACGUUGGUCUCAUACAGUUAGAAACUUCUUGAAUGAUGAUUGGAACUUUAUUCAUAAUGUGUUGUGUUUGAAUUGCUUAGGGUAAUACGCUGGUUUGAUGGGUAAAUUAAGAUUCCCCCCACCCCAUUUAUUUUGUUGUCAGGAACAUAUGUAAUAAUUUAUAUUGGCGAUAGAUGAA